AUGCCCAACGAAGAAUCUCAGGAAAUUUUUCACAACAACUCAACCCACAAAGAAAUGACUUUACAUCCAACCAUGAGUUGCAGUACAUCAUCUUCCAGUUCUUCAUCGGCAAAGAUUCACAAUCCUCCUAGUAAGAUUGAAAAGAGGAGAGGUAGACCACCAAAAAUCACUUCUCCAUUAAGUUAUCCUGUCAGAUGGCAAUUUAUGAAAGAAGAGGGAGAUGUACAUGUUUCAAAAAAACAAUCAAAUAGAAACCGUUAUCACAAUGAUAUCAGUAUAGUGAAUUGUUAUGAUAUGUUUAAAGAAGGAGCUUCUCCAAGAACAGAAUCCCCUUCAUGCUCUUCUUCCACUUCAUCACUUGCUCAAACUAACUCUCCUUCAUCAAUUUCACAACAAACUAGAACGAGUUUUCAACUAACUGAAUCAUCUAACAUGUUGAUUGGCUCCCAUCCUCUUCCUCCUCCAACUGCCACAAUGUUAAAUAAUUUCACAAAAUCAAAUUCUGCUCCAUCAUCAUCACAAUAUUCUCCAAUGAAUGAUACAACUGCCAAUACUAAUCUACCUAAUUACAACAAUAAUAUUAAUAAUUAUAAUACUAGUAGUAGCAGAGCAUGUCAAUAUCCAGAACAGCCAUCACCUGAAUCCUACUUUCUUAACAAUGCUCCUAAGCAACAACCUCCUUUCAAUUCAUCUCUUCCUCAACAAUCAUCUCCACUUGUAAUACCCUCCUAUCCAAUGCCAAAUACUAAUAAUAAUAGUCAUUACUUUCCUCCAUAUUGUACAAUACCUCCUCCUCAACAACAACAACAACAGAAUAUUCAGAAUAUUAACCAAUUUCCAACUCCUAUUCAAACAAGCCAAUUUUCCACUCCAAAGAAACAAGUUUCCCAUUCUCCAAAAUCAACUCCUUCACCAAGUGCCUCUGUAUAUCAUUCGUGGAAGGUAGAUUUGUCUCCAUCAACUUCCCCUUAUCAAAAACAUGGUGAAUUAUCCUUCUCUCUGAAUGAUACUAUUCAAGUUAAUUCGAACAAUUAUAAGGUAUCAAUGACCUCAAAGAAACCCUCACCUUCCUCAUCAGCCACCACCCACUCAUGUAAUAAGAUUUCACCUCCCAAGUUUACAAAUCAAAUCACAACUACUUCCACAGUAAUGAAUCAGUUCUCAACAUCUUCACCACAGAAUAAUACCAUCAGCACCACAAUUACUAAUACUGCUGAGAAAAUACUCUCACCAGCUACAGCAACAGCAGCAACAUCGAGUAGUACUUCAUUUGUAAUACAUGAUAAUUAUGUUGAAGAAAUUCCAUCAGUGGCAGCCACAACAGUAGGAGUGAAUAGUUCGACGACCAGUGAUCAAUCAACCACCAACAUCUCUUCAUCCUCACCUCAUCAGAAAACCAGGAGAAGCUCCAUGCCUAGCCUUAAAGAUAUUUUAAAUUAA